GAUCGGGAUUCGGAGGCCAAAGCGACGGACGCGCUCUGAGCUUCCAUUUGGCGUCCUCCUACACGCUGGUGGAAGGAAGCUUGGGCUUCUGCUGCUAGCCAAUGCCAGGUAACUUGUUUGCGAAUAAUUUGGCUUGCAGGUUGCAGGAUUCUACCUAAAUGUCGAGAGAGAGCUAGAUUCCACAUUCGCUCAGCACUUGCUGCACCGCCAUUUGCACGUCAGUUCCCAGAACACCUUGAAGGCGCCAGCCAGAACGUGUAGGUGUAAAAUACACGGAACAGCUCCUACAGGGCUGGCUCCCUGAGGCGUGGAGGCUGCCCGCGUUUCGACUUGUCUCAACACGUACGUCCAGCUUCAUCAGCUUGCAGUCAGGACUAUUGAGCAAACUUCAGCUUCAGCUGAGAAGAGAGUUUAGCUGGGGCACCGUCCCUUGUAGCUUCUUGAAUUCUAUUUCAAGUCAGAAUUAUGGCUAUGAGCUAUGGUACUAGCUUGGCGUUACUGGUCCUGUCAGUGGUCGCCAUUGUGGCGUCUGCUUCGGACCCAGACCCGGUCGCAGACUUCAUCCUUUCCGGAGCCAAUGGGGCCCCAGUGACUGGCGCCAACUUUGCCUUCCGUGGUCUCAACAACGUCAAUGUGACGUCAGGCCAGGGCAGCGCCGCCAAGCCUGCCAUCGCCGCAACAUUCCCUGCUCUCGCGUCCCAAGGCAUCUCAGCCGCCUUCUAUAACUAUGCGCCGUGCGGCCAAGUAAUUUGAUCCUUCGGCUCACCUGCGUUCCUGGGUUUUGGCUGUUGAGCGCCGCGAGCGCCUUGGCAGGAUUGUCCGGGCUGGUGUUCUGCUGGAAGUGGAUCAGACCGCGGGGGAAGACGAACACGUCACCCACGUUCAGCGUCGUUGCGUAGAGAGUGUCUGCAGGACAGGGGGAUUGACGACGUCAGCAUAUUGCUUGCGAGACUGCGUUCAAAACGAGCCUAAGGGAAGAGGGACACGUCGAGCCCAGCCUUAUUCACAGUAGCGUAUCCUACAGACGACGUCAGCAUUGAAGCAGGCUCUGGCAGACAAGCCCUUUAUCGGCACCAGGUACCGUGACAGAGAGAGGAAGGCCGGAGGCGGUCUCAUCUUAGUCGAAAUAAAACAGCAUCGGGUUUUAUCAUGUGGUUCUGUAGGCAAUCCGGAGAAUGGCCUUCUACCCAAGUCCCAUAUAUAAAAGCUCCCCUUAUAUGCAGGAGUUGAAUGGAAAGAGGGAGCAAGGCUAGUUCAGACGAUCAAAGGGAAACUGAGCGAAGCACAUGUCACGGUCGGUGAUGAGACGUUGUCGGAAAAGUGAAGGACCAUUGUAAACGCACAUAUGUUUAUUAAGGCAACCGAAAACCGUUCUUCGACACUUAAACAACUGUCGUUAGCACAACGAUUGUAAUCAGCCGGGUAUGGUGGGCGGAACUCACUGUUGGUGUCAACGAAGCCGGCGUACAGCUGGCCCUCAAUAACGUACAGGAUCUCUGUUGCGC